GUGAUGUCCCACCCGGUGCCCGGCCCUCGCGCGCUGAUGCGAUGCGAUGCGAUGCGAUGCGAUGCGCCUCUCCACUUUUGCGCGCAUUUCGAUCGUGACUCGGCAACUUGUGUUUUGGACGUUCGACUGAUGAGAAGAAGUCACCACAGCCCACUGCUACUCCACGCGGAGUCGAUCUCGAGCACCACCUUUUGCGAAAUUCACGACUCGAUAUCGUGCUCCACCUUCACACUCCUCACCCGCUAUCAACAGCCAAACACAGCUUCACCCCCAAGCCGCGAUUCAACAACAUGUCCAGUCAGCACCGUCAACAACUGUACCUUAGAUGCGAGAUGAAGCCGCAUGAGCAUCGCGCUGCUCUCACACCCACCACGGCGCGCAAGCUCAUCGACGCUGGCUUCGACAUUACAGUGGAGAGAGACCCACAGCGCAUCUUUGAGGAUGAGGAAUACGAAAGGGUGGGCUGCAAGCUCUCCUCUCACAACACGUGGGCAGAUCAACCUUCCAACAUCCCCAUCAUUGGUCUCAAAGAGCUGCCAGCGCCCGGUCCUCCCCUUCCCCAUACCCACAUCCAGUUUGCCCACUGCUACAAGCACCAAGGAGGCUGGGUCGAUGUGCUGAGUCGCUUCAAAAAGGGCGGCGGAAAGCUGUACGAUUUGGAGUUCCUCGAAGACUUGAAUGGAAGGAGAGUCGCUGCUUUCGGAUGGCACGCUGGAUUCGCUGGAGCUGCUCUUGGCGUAUUGGCGCUCAGUGAGCAGCUCAAGGAUCCCAAGAAGAGGCUGGGCAAGCAGACUCGAUAUCCCAACGAGGCCGAACUCAUCUCCCACUCCAGGAAGGAGGUCGAUCUCAUCAAAAGUAAGCGCAGCGACGGCAAGGUCAAAGCGCUGGUCGUCGGCGCUCUUGGUCGUUGCGGUCGAGGAGCCAUCGACUUUUUGGAAAAGGCAGGAGUCGCAUCCGAAGAUAUUGUCCGGUGGGAUAUUCAGGAGACUAGCGCAAAGUCUGGGCCUUACCAAGAGUUACUGGAUGUCGACAUCUUCGUAAACUGCAUCUAUCUCAACAAGAAGAUUCCACCUUUCUUGACGAGCGAGUUCAUCGAGAGUGCAGGCGCAGAGAGAAGGCUUGGGUGCGUCGUCGAUGUCAGCUGCGACACUACCAAUCCCAACAACCCGCUACCCAUCUACGACAUCAACACGACCUUUGUGGAACCUACAGUAGACGUGCCGCUCAAGGCUGGCGCAGAUCCCCUCACCGUCAUCUCCAUCGACCACCUGCCUACGCUGCUCCCCCGCGAGGCUUCCGAGGGCUUCAGCACCGAUCUCCUGCCCUCUUUGCUGCAGCUACCGUACGUCAUCGCGGACAACCCGAAGAGCUCGGAAGAUGGAGCAGGAGUGGAGGAAGGCAAAGGAGCAGUUUGGACAAGAGCAGAGAAGCUAUUCAAGCAUCAUCUAGCGGAGGCAGAGAAGGAAGGAGCAUGAAAAACCUUUGCGACGCAGCGCAUCAGAACAAAGACAAACAAACAAUAAUGCCAUUUUUGUCUCGAUAGAUCACUCAAAAUGGGCGGGGGUAUAGUGGAAUUUAACUCGGUCUGAUGUG